AUGCCUGAACGCAAUAGGGCUCCUGUGCCACCCACCUGUGCCACCCACCUGUGCCACCCACCUGUGCCACCCACCUGUGCCGCCCACCUGUGCCACCCACCUGUGCCACCCACCUGUGCCACCCACCUGUGCCGCCCACCUGUGUCACCCACCUGUGCCACCCACCUGUGCCACCCACCUGCAGUGAUUCGAAGAGGAGAGGCGCUGGCAGCGCUGGGGCGGGUGAGGGAGGCCCUGGAGGUAUAUGAGAGGCUGGCCGACACAGACGCUGAAUUCAGGCGCUCCAAACAGUUCCUGCGGAAAGUGAAGGAGCUGGAGAAAAGGAUGGAGAGAGCAGCAUGA